GCCGGUACCAAUACCCCCGAUACUGAGAAUUCGUGCCGUGACUGCGAGAGACUAUGCUCGCUAAGGAUCUCCUGCACCCCUCUCCCGAGGAGGAGAAGAGGAAACACAAGAAGAAGCGCCUGGUCCAGAGCCCAAACUCCUACUUCAUGGACGUAAAAUGCCCAGGUUGCUACAAGAUCACCACGGUGUUCAGUCACGCUCAGACGGUGGUACUGUGUGUGGGCUGCUCCACGGUCCUGUGUCAGCCCACCGGGGGCAAGGCAAGGCUCACAGAAGGAUGUUCCUUCCGACGAAAGCAGCACUAACCGUUCCUGGCGAGGAGACGGCUCGCGGGGGGAGUAAGCUGUGCGUAAGGACCUGACUGCCCAAUGGGAAGCAGUACAGAGUGGGGGGGGGCCCCCCCGUAUCCUAUCUGGACCCCGUAGCCUUACCCCUGUCUGUCAAUAAAUUUUGGAUACAAAUUGC